CUAGAUAAUGUCUUACCGCAAAGAUUUUCACCGCUGGUUUCCAUGUGAUAUUUUAAGCAUCAAUAGGUCCGGGUAUUUACGAAGUUAAGCAAGUUUUCAUUGAUUGGAAUACCCCACCGUAUAUUUAUCUUGUCCUCGGGUAUCUUAAGUACCAUCUCAAGUACAGUACAGAUCUUCUUCAGGGAAUGGGGGAAGGUUCGACGUCAGAUCCUGGGUCUAAGCUUCCCCAAACAUCCAAUAAUCUGCCCCAUUGACUCGUGUUUUUGGAAAUCGCACUCACAUCAUUGGAUCGUGCUUACGUUUAACAAUUCAAUUCUAGUUACCGAAUUUCCAUUUUUGAUAACCAUUUCUCUUUAUUCAUUAUUUAUUUGUAUUUAUUUGCGGGGGAUACAUUCGUCAAUUCGAUUCACUAAUUUUCAACUGGUCAACCUUUUUGAGGAUGUUCAUCAGUACAAUAUAGUCAUAUUACUCAUUCGCUUUCACCUUCGCCUUCAUCUCAUCCACUCAUUACUAGCAUAAUUAGCUCACGAUGAGCCGUGCGGCGGUGAAGCAGCUCAACCUGCUUCGCAAUGCUGUUGGCAUAACAUCUCGGCGAGUGACAACUAGAUGGCAGACUAAUACGAUCGGGACCAACCAUCUCAGAUGGAGCCGUAUAGCAGGAAUUUCAUCGCACAAACUACAGACUCGAUCUCUUAGCACGACACCGGUCAGCUUUGAUAGCAAAGAAGAUGCAGACUCUGGAACUUAUAGUGAAACCGAUCACGAACAUGCGGUCAUCUCGACCUUCGAUCUCUUCUCUGUCGGCAUUGGGCCUUCGUCAUCUCACACGGUUGGGCCUAUGCGGGCUGGCGGUAUCUUCGUAGCCGAUCUAGUCGAAGCCGAUUUGCUAGACAAAGUGCACAAGAUACGCAUCUCGAUCUAUGGCAGUCUUGCGCUCACCGGAGAGGGCCACAUGACACCUUCUGCACUGUUAUUAGGUCUCGAGUCCGCAAAUGUAGAGACAGUUGACACAUCUUAUGUACCUACUCGCUUUGCACAGAUCAAGAAGGACAAGAAACUCUUUUUAGGCCACGGACUUUUAGAGGGUAAAGGCAAAGAGAUCGACUUCGACUACGAGAAAGAUUUUAAAUGGGAAUGGGGCAAGAAAUUAGCCGUUCACAGUAAUGGAAUGCGCUUCAUGGUAUUCGACGACCAAGGAACGUUACUUGCAACCAACGACUUUUUCAGUGUGGGUGGAGGUUUCGUCGUUAAUGGUGCAUUAUCAACUGCCGCUACGGCUGCAGCAGAAAGUCAAGCAGCGGAGCUCGCUGCUGCCGAUACUAGCGAACUUCAAACGGAGGGAAGCGGAGGACAUCCAGCUGAUUUAGCCGAAAAUCUGUUCUAUAAAGAAAUCAGGAGAGCAGACGCGGCGGGAGAUCGUAGGACUGGCUCCGAAAUUAAGCCCUUGGAUGAAGAUGUCGACGAAUCGACCGCUCUGGCUAAGACUAACCCACAAGCGGGAGCAGCUAGCUCUCCUGUCACAUCCGCAACCUCGGAGACUGAAGCUGCAGGCACCGAGACAACGUCUACACAACCUCGCUAUGCCUUCCGUGAUGCUCGCAGUUUACUAGCACUAUGCCAUAAGCAUAACUUGACUAUUGCACAGCUAGUGUACGAGAACGAGAAGGGUCAUGGGUACACAGAUGAUGAAAUCUACAGGAAGUUGAUGACUAUCUGGGAGGUCAUGGACGAUAGUAUUUUGGAAGGUGUACAAGCACCUCUUGAUGCAACACUGCCGGGCUCCUUAAAGCUACAUAGGCGAGCGCCGGCACUUUACAAACGACUAACAAGGGGCCUCUACCCUUCUCAUACCCAAUCACCGAGCACGACCCAAUCACAGGCGCAAUUGUCUGCCUCAAACGAUGAAACUAGCUCAACACCAUCAUUAUCAUCAUCAACAGGUACAGCUAUAUCCGAGUUGCCGAAAAAAGGGAUCGCCGCACUAAGUCGAAGAAGCGCUAUCGGUAGACGAGGUCCUCUACGUAUACAUGGCGAUGUUUAUCACCCAAUCAGACCAACGCCUCCUCGCCGCACCACAUUCCCAGCAAUGGAUUACUUAUCCGUUUAUGCCAUUGCCGUUAAUGAGACGAAUGCAGCUGGUGGGCGAAUCGUGACGGCACCGACUAAUGGCGCGGCAGGUAUCAUUCCUGCUGUACUCAAAUAUACAGUCGAGUUUGUCAGUGACGAUGUUGAGCGUGAUAUUCUUACCUUCCUCUUGACUGCAUCCGCCAUUGGAAUGUUGUACAAGCGUGGCGCGACUAUCUCGGCAGCUGAAGGGGGAUGCAUGGCUGAAGUGGGCGUAGCCUGCUCGAUGGCUGCUGGUGCCUUCGCAGCUUGUAUGGGCGCAAGUCCCGAGGUGAUCGAACAAGCGGCCGAAAUUGGCAUCGAGCACAACUUAGGUUUGACUUGCGAUCCCAUCGGGGGUCUUGUUCAGGCUCCAUGUAUCGAGCGCAAUGCCUUAGGUGCUGUCAAAGCUAUCUCGAGCGCAAAUCUAGCUCUAAGCAGUGAGACUGGCACUCCUAAGGUCAGACUUGACGAUGCUAUCCGUGCCAUGCGGGUCACUGCGCAAGGAAUGCGGAACGAAUUCAAGGAGACGAGUCUUAGCGGGUUGGCUACAAGUGUGCCUCUCAACAUCCCCGUUAGCCAGCCCGACUGCUGAUGCGUCCUCAUCGUAUGCUAUGGGUUAUAUGAGAUAAUUAUUUGGUUAAGGAGCGAACGGUUUUUUUUUUUUUAAAAAAAAAACCCUUUUAAGAGAUUUCUACGCAUCAGCGACUAAAAUACACGAUUGCGUCCCGACGCAAAGGAAGGGAAAUACAUUUAGGGCAAGCGAGCUCAGAUACGAAAAAGAUUCACUCACGAUUUCCAGAAAUGUGAAUAAAAGGUCAAGGCGCUAGGCAAGUUUUAUAUUAGGGCUGGGUAUUUAGAUGGAGGGCAUCGCGUUUUUGGUUAGCGAUAAAAUAGAUUUAUAGAGGGCAACUUAUACCUAUCCUCAGCUUCGAGGCUACGAGGAUGACUUGAUGAAGAUGGCUCCCAGUAUACG